UGGCAAUCUUGGGAUUCAUCUUUCCAACUUUUCAUUCAUUGCUAUAAAUUUCACCUCUUCACUACCCACCAACCCAUUUCUCUUUUCUCUCACAACCAACUUGUUUCAUCUCAAAUCCAUGGCUCCUCCAGAAGCAGCCUCUAGUGGAACUUCACUACUAAAUAAUACCUUCAAGAUGGUUGAGCUGAACCAAUUGGAGAAUGGGAAUGGAGAAGAGAGAGCUGAGAAUUCAGCAGUAACAUUCACAAGAGAUGGGUCAGUUGAUAGGCAUGGAAAAUCAGCUGUCAAGCAGAGGAGUGGUGGAUGGAGAUGUGGAAUGUUGUUAUUGGUGAACCAAGGACUAGUUACAUUGGCAUUUGCUGGAGUUGAAGUGAAUUUGGUUCUGUUCUCAAAAUCAGUUCUGAGGCAUUCCAAUGCUGAGGCAGCACAAACAUUCAGUAGAUGGAUGGGAACUGUGUAUUUGUUCUCUUUAAUGGGUGCAUUUCUCAGUGACUCUUACUUGGGCAGAUACCUAACAUGUGUCAUUUUUCAAGUUCUCUAUAUCAUUGGACUAAUAGCACUAUCUUUGUCAACUCAACUAUUUCUUCUAAGACCAGAUGGUUGUGGCAAAAUUGGGGAGUUAUGUGAGGCUCAUACACCAUUUGAAACUGCAAUGUUCUAUGUGUCAAUAUACCUUAUUGCCUUAGGAAAUGGAGCACCUGAGCCUGCGCUUGCUACGUUCGGCGCAGACCAAUUCGACGAGGAAGAUCCCAAGGAAAGACAGUCUAAAUCUUCAUUUUAUAGCUACUUUUAUGUGUCUCUAAACCUUGGAAGCUUAGUGGCUGAGACUAUAUUGGUUUACAUAGAGAACAUGGGAUAUUGGGUGGUGGGGUUCUGGACUUGUACUAUAUCUGCUAUUGUUGGUUAUGUUUUUCUCUUAAGUGGGACUUUGAGAUAUAGACACUUCAAGCCUUCUGGGAAUCCCAUCUCUAGAUUUUCUCAAGUUAUAGUGGCUUCCAUGAAAAAAUUGCAUCAAAAUAUGCCUUCAAGUGGAGAAGAGCUCUAUGAAGUCCAUUCAAAAGAGGGUGAAACUAAUGGCAUGAGAAGGAUUCUUCACACUAGUGGCUUCAAGUUUCUUGACAGGGCUGCAAUUAUUGUACCAGAAGACAUGAAAGUAAUAAAAAAUGAAGGCCAAACUCCAAGUCCGUGGCAUCUUUGUACUGUGACUCAAGUUGAAGAAGUGAAGUGCAUAUUGAGGCUAUUACCAGUAUGGAUAUGCACCAUCUUUUCAUCUGUUGUGUUCAUUCAAAUGCUCUCACUUUUCGUCGAACAAGGCGCUGCCAUGAACAGAAAUGUUGCCAACUUCCACAUCCCUCCAGCCAGCAUGACUGUGUUCGACAUAGUCAGCACAUCAGUCUUCAUCAUGCUAUACGAUAGACUCAUCAUUCCUCUCUAUGUCAAAGCAACAAAACGAAAGCCAAAGAUUCCGAGCCCGCUGCAGAGGAUUGGAAUUGGGUUGGCCAUAGCUGUAGUAGCCAUGAUCAUUGCCGGCAUUGUUGAGCAACAAAGGCUAAAACUCGCUAGCGAUUUCACCGGAAGAGAAACAAGCUCAUUGAGCAUUCUAUGGCAAACUCCACAGUAUGUGCUUGUGGGAGUGUCAGAAGCAUUUGUGUACGUUGCUCAAAUGGAGUUUUUUGCUUCACAAACACCAGAUGGAUUGAAGAGCUUGGGAAUAGGCUUGUCCAUGUCAUCUUCAGCUAUGGGGAGCUAUGUUGCAAGUACCAUACUGACUGUUGUGAUGAGAGUUACAACAAAAGAUGGAAAGCUUGGUUGGGUUCCUCCUAAUCUAAAUGAUGGUCAUUUGGAUCGUUUUUUCUUUUUGUCGGCUGUUUUGGCUGCAAUCAACUUUGGAUUGUAUGUUUUAUGUGCCAAGCGUUACAAGUCAAUAUCAUUAGAAAAGAGAGAUGGGACAAGCGAAAAGGACAUUAUAGAUUGAGCCUAUAAUCAUGUAACCUUGUCUCUCUUGAAGGUUGCUCAAACAUGUUGGGGGCCAAACUCAUUAGUAUAUGAGAAUGGCAAUUAUUCUUGGCCUGGUAAACAGUAGAUACUUAACAAAUGAACUGUUUCUUUUGUCUCCCAACAAAUGAACCAAAAAGUGUUAUUGGUAGAUAGAUAAGCCACACACUCAAAUUUAACAUGUUUAUGUAUCACACCAUGUGAUACCAC